ACAAAAUGGCGUCUUGAUACAUGCGAUAUUUCAGUGACACGUUUUGCCAUUUUCUUCCUACUUUUUGUAUAUUUUACGUCAAUCGUUUCGGGCAACAGGAAGCCAAACCUCUUACGAAUAUAACCUACGGUUCGAUUUGCCCAGGGAACUAGCGAAUAAAUGGCCAAAUGAUGCUCAAGUAAGGGGUUAUACGAAUAUGACGACGUCGUAUUUGAAGAAGUUAGUUAGCAAGAAGAAACGAAGAUACGAAGAUGAUGGCUUCGACUUGGACCUGUCUUAUAUUAAGCCAAAUAUUGUUGCAAUGGGAUUUCCAUCUGACAAAAUAGAGGGAGUGUAUCGAAAUCAUAUUGAUGAAAUUUUGAAGUUUUUAGAAACAAAACACAAAGACCAUUACAAAGUUUACAAUUUAUGUUCUGAGAGACGCUAUGAUCCUGCCAAAUUUAAAAACAAUGUGGCAGACUAUCCUUUUGAUGACCACAAUGCUCCACCGUUUCAACUGAUGCAGCCAUAUUGUGAAGACAUGAAUGAAUUUUUAACUGGGGAUGAAAGUAACGUUGCAAUUGUUCAUUGUAAAGCUGGAAAGGGUCGGACUGGUGUUAUGAUCUGUGCCUAUUUACUGCACAAGAACUAUUUUAACAGUGUCCAGGAAGCACUGGAAUACUACGCGGAUGCCCGGACAUCAAACAAGAAGGGUGUUACGAUUCCAAGUCAAAGAAGAUAUGUUCAUUAUUAUGGUCACUUUUUAAAACACAGCCUGGUGUACACGCCAACAACUUUGUUGGUUACGCGCUUUGAGAUGGAAACUGUCCCUAGUGUUAACAAUGGCACUUGUGCUCCUUUCUUUUAUGUGUGGCAGUCUAAAGUCAAAAUAUACUCAUCAAAAUCACAAGAGAGUGCAAGUAAGGGUGCUGAUAACAUUUGCUUCAACCUCCCGCAACCUCUUCCUGUCUGUGGUGACAUUAAAGUGCAGUUUUUCAACAAAGAUCGAUUUGGUAAAAAGGAUCUUAUGUUCCAGUUUUGGUUCAAUACGUUUUUCGUAUCUGGACUAACACCGCCGCCGAGCGAAGGCGAAGCGACAAUGAAGACAUCCAGUUUCGACAGGAGAAAACAGAGCGAGGACGGCGCAACUUCGUGGUUUGAAUUGCAUAAAGAGGACCUGGACAAGGCAAAUAAGGAUAAGAAAAAUAAAAUAUAUUCGCCGAAUUUCAAAGUGAAAGUGUUGUUUUUAAACCCUGAUUCAGCCGAUGAAAUGUCGCGAAAACGAGUUCAAAGCGAAGACUUAGCGAGCUCUUCCGACGAUGUGUCUGCGACUAAAUGUUUGAAACGUUAUUCGUACGACUGCGCCAUUCACUUGGACGAAAUGCCCGUGGCCAAUAACAACGAAGCAGUAGAUAGUUCAAAUGAAAACCUCUCAGAAACGGACUCGGAGAACGAAGGGCAAGAGAAAGAGGCUGGUGCUGGCAAUAAGAACUAUCGUAAAGAGACGUAUAUUUAGCAUGUUAGAUGUGUGUUUUUAAACGAGAUAAAAAAUAGUGUACAAACUCGGCGAAGACGAAUAUACAGAACGCUUGGAAUAUAUACAAAUAACGCCAUCAAGUAAUAAAUUUACCAACGAGAUUAUCCUCCAAUUCUCAUGAAACUCAGGAACGCAUUGUUUUAAAAAUGACUAUGUUAGGCGGACAACUUUCGCUGCAAUUUUUAAUUCAAUUUGCAAAAUGACAAUGCAACGACGCCGUUGGCCCAAAACAAUUUCCAUUCAUCACGAAAACUUACCAGCUUCAUAAAACUCGGAACAUCCGAGACGGUUUUUUGUCCGCGACGCCAUCUUGUGUUGCAUGUAAACCAAGAAAAUGGAAAAUUCAAGAUGGCGUCGCAAUUUCCCCCCAACAAUUUACUUAUUUUGCUGUGUUCUUAAAAUGUUUUACAAUGAGGAAAUUGUCGAAAUACAAAACUCUGAUUAAUAGCACUAUAUAUAUAUCCGAAAUUCUGUCGGAAGUUGCAGAAUAAUAGGCUAUGACAAUUUAGAUGUACAUUUUACCCGAAUGCAUUGCCGUUUAUUAUUUAAGUAUAGGCGAAUUGAGGUAUUUCGAAAGGCACGGAUAAAACUCAAGUUUAUAUUUUUCUUAUUCCUUGUGUAAACAUCGCGUUUCAUAUCUUAUUUUUCAGUCAUUAAUGCUGGAUGCUCGCGGUGCAUUAUUGUAAAAUGUACAUAAAUACCAUAUAUCUGAUCUAUGCCUAAUGCACUAUAUACCAUAAUGCACUUAAAAGAUAUGUAACCUUUUUACACUAACUCGUUAUAAAUAUGUUCUAUACAUAUAAUUUUAUACAAUAGAUAUAUACACAACUUUGUACACAAUUUAAUUCAAUCGCUUUCUUGAAUUUGGAAAGUUUAACUCUGCCGGCAAGACACUACUAUUACCUUCACGUUUUAGGAAAUAGUUAUUCGUACCGUGUAUAUAUAUUUUAAUUACCAUAUAAUUAUUUUUCUAUAUCAUACAUGUAAACUACGUAAUAUUUAUAUUUUCGAUGUAUCUAGCUGCUCUUCCAUGUAAUAAAAAUAAAAAAAUCAA